UUCAAUUCUUGGACCCAUACCUGGACCUGGGUCGGGUCCAAAUGUCGGGCUGAACCCUAGAAUGUUAUUCCUUUGUUUAUUCCAGAGAAGCAAAUGAAGCACCACGGGAGCAUUUGCUAUCCAUCGUGAUAAAAAAUGAAUGAUUCGAUGUAUUUUGGUUCAUCUCUCACAUAGGAUGAAUGGUUGAUUCCCAUAUAAUAAGUAUACUACCAUAUGCUGUUUCUUGUUUUUUUUCCUUUUAUGUUUUUUAACAUUCACUUUUCUUGUAUGAUAUAAGACUCCUUUUGGUGUAAUUUUCUUGAUAUAAGAACCAGUUUCCAUAACCAUUUCUGAGAUAAAAGAUUCCUGGAUAACUUGGGAGCUGACGCACUUUUAUGGUAAAGCCAAGAAUGUUAUGAGGGGCAUUCCAUGAUAUAUGAAUCGUGAACAAAUGGCAAUUUACAUGUUCAUUCUUAUAAAUUGCAGUCAGUUCAUUUCUCGAUGUGAGCUUAAUGAAUCCAUUCAUGGAUAUGAAACGCUAUUCUUAUUGUUUGAAUGCCAUGCUUUUCCAGUUUUUCUUGUUUGUACUUCUCUCCCUUCUUUCCGAAGGGAUCGAAUCGGACACGACCGUAUACAUAGUUUAUAUGGGGGCCCCUGGUAAUAAGAAUGAAGAUCCGGUCUCUGAUCAUUUGGAACUCAUAUCAUCAAUUACAGCAAGCAAAAAGCCCCAUUCCCAGGGUUUAUUGGUACGCAGCUACAUGAAUGGUUUCUCAGGGUUUGCAGCACGGUUGACAGCACAACAUGCAGCAGCCAUGGCGAAACAACCACAAGUGGUAUCGGUGUUUGUCGAUCCAUUUUUGCAACUUCACACAACUCGUUCAUGGGAUUUCUUGCAAGAGCACACUGAGCUUGAACCGUAUUCUGACAUGGAUUCUGACUCUGGUUCUCGUAACAACACCAACACCAUUAUAGGACUCCUUGACACUGGAGUUUGGCCCGAGUCUCCUAGUUUUGAUGAUAUGGAUAUGGGGGCCAUUCCAGCAAGGUGGAAGGGCGUAUGCAUGGAAGGCAAGGAUUUUAACUCUUCAUAUUGCAACAGGAAACUGAUCGGAGCUCGUUACUACAAAGACAACUCCCCUUCAGUAGCAUGGACCGCACAGGACACACCCAGGGACACGCUCGGCCACGGAACUCACACCUCCUCCACUGCAGCUGGCAGCCUGGUUGCAGGGGCCAACUACUACGGCCUUGCUGCGGGCAUCGCCAAGGGUGGUUCCCCCACAUCGAGGCUAGCCGUGUACAAAGUCUGCACCGAAGAGGGGUGCAAGGGCUCUGCCAUAUUGGCCGCCUUCGAUGAUGCCAUUGGAGAUGGAGUCGACAUUCUCUCUUUAUCUCUUGGGGCUUCCCCUUUCUUCAAACCUGACUUUGUCAAUGAUCCCAUUGCAAUUGGUGCCUUCCACGCAACCCAGCACGGAAUCCUGGUCGUCUGCUCCGCCGGCAAUGGUGGCCCCGAUUCAAGCUCGGUUGUUAACUCUGCACCUUGGAUACUCACUGUUGCUGCCACCACUAUCGAUCGAGAUUUCGAAUCUGAUUUGGUCCUUGGUUCUGGAGGUUCAACCACCACCAAGACCAUCAAGGGAGAAGCCAUCAAUUUCUCUAAUCUCAACAAGUCCCCUGUUUAUCCACUGAUUUAUGGUGGAACUGCUGGGUCCAAUUCAAGCUCCCAAGAUGAAGCCAGCAAUUGCAAUCCGGGAAGUUUGGAUGGAGAAAAGAUCAAAGGAAAAAUCGUAUUAUGCCAACACACAGAUCAAGGGUACUCCAAGAAAGAAAAGAUGAAUGGAGUGAAGAGCUUAGGGGGGUUUGGAGUGGCAUUGGUUGACAACGAGGAGAGAUAUGUGGCCUUUGACUAUGACACUUUUCCUGCAACUGCUCUCUCUUCAGCCUCAGCCAAGGAAGUACUUUCCCACAUAAACUCCACAAGAAACCCAGUUGCGACCAUUCUUCCAACAGUUGCUGUGACAAAGUUCAAGCCUGCGCCGACUGUGGCUUACUUCUCUUCAAGAGGGCCAUCCACUGACACAAAGAACAUUCUCAAGCCGGAUGUUGCAGCACCAGGUGUGAACAUUUUGGCGGCAUACAUACCAACAAGUGGAUCAUCGGUUCCUCCCGGUCAGAGUCCUUCACAAUUCAACCUACUCUCAGGCACCUCGAUGGCAUGCCCCCAUGUUAGUGGUAUUGCUGCACUCAUCAAAUCCAAGCAUCCUACUUGGUCCCCAUCUGCCAUAAGAUCGGCCAUUAUGACCACAGCAACUGAAACAGAUAAUUCCAAAGCUCAAAUGACCACAGAUUCAGGUUCAUCAGCCACCCCUUACGAUUAUGGAACUGGGGAAGUUAACCCAACGGGAGCAUUACAACCAGGCCUCAUAUAUGAAACUUCAGGAGAAGAUUAUUUCUUCUUCCUUUGCAACUAUGGGUACAAUUCCUCUUCAAUCAAAAUCAUAUCAGGCAAAACAGGAAACUAUACCUGCCCUUCGAAUUCUUCCAUAGAGUCUAUUUCUGACCUCAACUAUCCAUCCAUCGCCAUAGUAAAUCUCGACAACAAGUCAGGGAAGACGGUUAAGAGAACUGUCACAAAUGUUGGCAUUGACAUGGAAACCAUUUAUACUGCGACUGUCAAAGCUCCCAAAGGGUUGGAUGUCAAGGUGUCGCCUGAUCGCCUACAAUUCACUGAGACUUCCAAGAGCCUAAGCUAUCAAGUAACCUUUGCCUCUUCUGGUUCAUCCAUAAAGAAGGAUGCGUUUGGGUCUAUCACUUGGUCCAAUGGUAAACAUAGUGUCAAGACAACAUUUGUUGUAAGCGUGUCAUGAAAUUGCAUCAUCGUUGAUCUCAUGAUUCUUGUUACCACAGAAAGCUUUUUCUUUUCCUUGUGCUAAGUUAAUGAGGGGAUUGAACCAAGUAUCCCACUGGUUGUAUGUGAAAUAACUACAGAAUAUAUAUGCAAUGACUAAAAUACAAGGAGCUUGGGAGAGCUCCCUAUUUAUAAAGGAUGUCAUUACAACA